AUGCCUCAGCACAAACGCGGGCCUUGGAGCCAACAAGAGGACCAGCUCCUCCUCCACCUAGUUACUGUCCAUGGAGCCCACAACUGGGUCAGGAUAUCGACAGCCAUUCAAACUCGAUCCCCAAAGCAAUGCCGAGAGCGAUAUCACCAGAACCUCAAGCCCAACCUCAACCAUGACCCCAUCACUUCAGAGGAAGGUGUCAUGAUCGAGCAGAUGGUUGCCGAGAUGGGCAAGCGAUGGGCUGAGAUUGCCAGACGUCUGCGAGGACGCAGCGACAACGCAGUCAAGAAUUGGUGGAAUGGUGGCAUGAACCGGAGACGCCGCAACAACCAGCAACGCCGAGUCGAAUUCGAGACCCGUCCUCAACCACAGCAAGGCCACCCUCAGAUGCAUGCUAUGCAACACUCGAUGCUACAUCAGCAACCUCUCCCACCGGCAUUUCAACACCACCACCCAGUGAUGCCACAGCACUACUUUGCCCAGCAAAUGUACCCAACCCACGGCCACCCACACCACAUCCAAGUCCCACAGAACAUGGCUGCGUUCGGUCGUAUGAUGGACACACCUCUUCCAUCCCCAUCCGCCUUCUCCCAACUCUCAGCAGAAGGCGCCCCCUCGCUCAUCUCAGACUGCUCCUCCAUCUCUGCCCGAUCCCCACACACCGGCCCAUCUCCAAUCGAGCUCCCACCCCUCGCUGGCGCCCGUGACGAACGUCGCCGCUCCUCAGCCCCCAUGCUUCGCCUCGGAGUCCCAGGCUCCUUCGUUCAAGACACCGACUUCUCCACCAUGCAAAUGCACAACGGCUACGAAGACAUGGGCCACAUGCGGAAGACCGCCCCCAUGCUCCAGGAGCCCUUCAUGCCCCAACAACAGUCCCUACCGACCCCAACCGCGUAUCUCCCUUCGCAACCACGCCAGCCUUCGCCACUGCACCAGUCUCAUCAGAUCCCGCAGGGCUACGCCAUGCCCGUUCAGCAACAUCACCACCACCACCACCACCAGCAACAGCAACAGCAGUUGCACCGACGACACUCGGCGUACCCCAUGCCAUCCGCCGUGCCUUCCACCCCAGCCAACAUGCAACUCCCAAGCAUUUCCGGGCACGAGAAGCCCUCCAUCACCGUCGACCCGGGUCUCGCCACGCCGAUUCCUUCCGCUCCCACGCCGGAUGGCUCGCCGCGGGAUAAGAUGAGUCUUUCGAAUCUUACUCAUUAG